AUGUCAUUUGGUGGAAAGUCGUUCAAGAGGGAAGAGCUUCGUAUGAAACUAGAGCUUCAGAAGCUAACAAAACAAUCCAAGAAUGAAUUCUCAGGCUUGAAUCCGAACGACAAGUCCAAAUUUCUUGAGAGCAGUUUGAAAACUGCUUUGGCGCUUAAAAACCAACCAAUAAAACGGAGUCGUCCCGCGAAAAGCAAGCAAAAAGUGACAGGUAUAGAAAACAACGAAUCAGAUGGUGAGGUUCCUCCACCAAGUCCUUCAAUUGAUUUAGCUCCAGAGCUGAGAUCAACGCCAGACUCGGAGAUACAUGCAAAGGCUGUUGCUGGAGUGGACUGCUUUGGUGCUGAUUUGAGGAGUUCUGAUUUGUUCUCCCGAUCUACUGGUGUAGCUUCUAUCCGAUCGAAAGUCGACUUGAAUGUUGUAAUGUAUGGAAGGGGACUUCAAGAAGAGACUAGUGCAGUGAUAAAAACAAGGGAAAAGGUAACGUGAAAAUAGCUGCAUGUGUAUACUAAGUUAAAUUCAAUCGUUUUACUCACAAGAUCUCGUCAGUAAUUCUCCUUACUAUUUCCAUGCAAUUAUUAUCAUGUUUGUGUGGAGAAUUUGGUUUUAGGUAAACUGAUAAUCCCCUUAUUUAUAUUUUAGGUAGUCUCAUCAUUGUCUGGUUGAUAUUGCAUUGAUAGUGUGAGGAGAUUAUGUUUUGGUCAUACAUGGCAGUUUAAGGGUUUCGUAGGCCCAAUUCACCAGCCAAUUAGUUCACAAGACCAAUCUUGAAUGAAGCAAAUGCAGCAUAUUAAUCAAUUCAAAAUUUCAGAUUGAAUUAAAAAUGAUUCAAAUUUCAUGUCUGAACUGUCAUUGCUCAUGAAAAUAUGAACAUAAUUGUAUAAAUCCCAUACUCAUAAUUAUAAUAAAUGUUUCUGUCGAAGCUAAUUUCACAACCUAGCCAUAUCUUUUUGCAAUCAUUUCAUGAUACUGUAACAAGCAGGGGGCAAUAUUACAAGUGUGGACUUAACCUUUUUUCAGAAAUCAGUGAAAAAACCACAAUCAGCUAGAUCCAGAAGUCCUAGAAGUCCUGCACCUCAGGCUCAACACAGGAACAUUCAAACCAAGAAACCAGCAAUAAUAGGCUCUCAAAGCACUACAGUAGCAGUCCAGCUUACACCACGCCCAGCACAGAAACAACGGACAACCUCCAGGGCAUCACAGCAAGGAUCAGUGAGAAGUGGUGCUUCAUCCGCCAGGUAGGUUGAAACUUGUUAGGCUGGUCAACAGUCUUUUAAGACAAAUGAAUAAAGGGGAUAAGUUUCUUAGGAAACUGUGUUGCUGCAUUGGUGGGAGAGUAUAGCCAGUAAUUUAGUGUUAACAACUGUGUUAAAAAUGCAAAUUGGCCAUCGUAAAGGGUAAAAAAGCUGACAUUUCAGGCGUCAGCUUUUCGUCAGAGCAAUUAAGACUAUCAGCAUUAGCUUUAAGUGUAAUUACAAUAAACAGGUGAAUAGCACUUUUGGUGCACGCUGAUUGGCGAGUUCAGAAGUUAAUAGCAAGUACAAUUGUACUAGUGUACACUAGUGGUCCCUGUAAAGCCAAUGAGAAGGUUACACUAAAAACAAAACAACUGAUCUGAUCUCAAGGCUUGUUUAAAGUAACCAAUCAAAUUGCAGGAAAAUGAAAGACAAAGAGUAUCAUGUGGCAAAUUUUGCAACUUUUGUUUCCCAAACUCUUACUUUUUCCCUCCAGAAAUGGAUUAAUUUAAUUUCAAACUGGCUCAGUGCUGCAUCAAUAGAAUAUUUGAACUGACCAAGUCUUGUAUUUGGAUAAUUUCAAAAUGAAUGUAAUAAAGUGGUAAUGGAACCUCAUGUUGUGCAAUUUUGAUCUGAAAUCAUAAUUGUGAUUCCAAAUCGAACUCAUGCUGCGCACUUGUUCAAUUUUGAAAUCAUGUGUAUGAUUUCAGCUAAAAUCUCACUCCACUCAGUUCAAUUAUUAUUAUUAAUUCAAUUAAAAAAUAAAGGAAAAUGAGUUAUGCUUCUCAAUGAAUUAAACCCUGUGUGAGCCAUCAACAAAUCAACUCCCCUUGUAGCAUUCUUUGUUAAUCUUUUCCCACAUCAGGUGUGAAAGUAAUUUUUUUUUCUGUUAGCUCUGAAGCAGUCAAAGAGAUACCUACAGUACACGUACAUGUAAUCCUUACUAGGAAAUUGAAAACUUUUUGCAUAAGUAAUUUUUUUUUUAACAAACUACCAUGCAGAAAUAAAAACAUCUGAACCAUCUUAGUUGAUUUAAACAAAAAUCACACACAAAAUUUAGUUGGUAAUCAUUUCCUUUAUUCUCAUGACAUUAAUGUGUGAUUCAGUGGUGAUAUUGUAAGGAGAAAUUAGAUGCUAGUCACUUUCAGGGGUAAAAGGGGCAAAAGCAAAUUAAGGUACAUCUUUGCUUCAAUUGUGGAGGUGCGCUGACCUCAUGGUUAGUGCGCUUGACUCCAGAUUGAGUGGUCCAGGUUCAAGCCCUGGCCAGGGUCGUUGUGUUCUUAGGCAAGACACUUCACUCUCACAGUGCUUCUCUUCACCCAGGUGUACAAAUGGGUACCAGCAAAUAUCCUGGGGGUAAUCCUGCAAUGGACUAGCAUCCCAUCCAGGGGGAGUAGCAAUACUCCUAGCUGCUUCAUGCUAAGGAAACCGGAGCUAAGUGCCAGCCCCAUAGGCCACUUGGGCCUGUAUAAAGGCUUCACUUUUUUUUGCUUCAAUUGAUACAUCUGUGUUUACAUUUAAUCAGGGACAAGGAAAUUUUGAAGGCAGGGUCACCUACUGGGGAUGAAGAUGAGGGUGAGGCUGACUCAGCUCUUGUAACUGAGGCCAAUUCAGGUAAGGAUGACAGGCCAAAAGAGGUGAAGGUCCAUACAAGGUCAGAAGAUGCAUCUGGUGAUACACAUGACCAAGAAGCUGAUGUGAAAGAUGAAACCAGAACUGUGCAAGUUGCUUUUGAUUUGGUUGAAAAUGCUGAACAGGAUGAGAAUGAAAAAGCUGAAAAACAUUUUAUCACUUCUGAAGUCUUAAAAUCCUCAAUUUCUGCUCCAGCACUAGCCAGUGGGAAAAUGGCUGUUGACUCUGAGGAAGAUUCACCAAUUAAUAGGAUCCACUCAGAGAUUCUUGAGCUGACAAGGAGAAUCAGUCAACCAGAGGUAGGUUUACUGAACUUAAUCAGAGCUACUGAAGAAGCAGAAAAUGAAGCAAAAAGGCUACAGGAGAUGGCUUCUGCAGCUUCUCCAGCCAGAGAAAGCUUGUUACUGCGAGCAAUGGCUGAGCGUGGAGGCACUGGCUUCUCAAUCCAGGGAGCUCUGCGAGGCUUGUCUCCUCGUGAUCCAAAGCAGUUGACAUCUACCAGUCCUAUGAUGCCAAAACCACCUGUCCCUGCUGUUAAAACUAAGUUGCAGAGUGAUGAAACAAACAGAGCCAGGGUCUCAGUGGAAGAGAAGGAAAGCUCAAGUACAAGCCCAAAGAAAGACAGGGGAAUGGCAAUGAACAGUGAGAUGAGUGCUCCUGCUGAAAUUAACGCCAAACCACAAGAAGCAGAACUGCCGCAGACUGCUAGUAAAGGAACAGUAACAAGGAGGAGUGGAGUGACUGAGAUGGAUGUAUCAGGUAGUUUUGUAGUACCAUAGAUAGCAGUGGUACUGUAUGUAGAUAUGUAGCUGUGGGCUUUGAUAAUAUACUUGUAGUUACUGGAUGUGAAUUUCUUUAUGGUCUGUGACAAUGUUAUGAAUAGAUCUGCCUUCCCUUCUUGCUCUUUCAGGUUCUACAUCUCUCACACCUUUGACAAGACAAGGACUUGCCAGUCAGAAAACUAUGACAACAGAACAGGCCAUGGAGGUAACUGGUGUGGCUUUUGGGAUAAGUACAUUUAUCAUGAUCACAGUUAGUUGUAUACUUACCAAGUCUUAACAAGGAGGCAUGAAUCUUGCCCAUGCUAUUCUUUGAUUUUCAAUUCUUUAACUGAUGAUUUCAUGUACGUUAUUGAAACAGAUUGUCAUGGGAAUAGAGUGAAUUAUGUCAGUAAUUUUUUUAGAGAACCCUUUAGUUGCUUAAAUUUUUUACUAUUUUAAUUUAAUUUCAUUUUGUCCAGUGCCUAUUACUUCCUUCUGAAGUGGUUCCAGAAGACAUCAUCAGCAUUAAAGGUCAACAGUUUGAAAUGGUGUCUAAACAGUCUCCUGCCCUGGAAACUGCUCCAGAUUCAGAGAAACAGUGGAUUGAUCUUAAACAAGACAAAACUGUGAUGUUUUUGGAUUCGUGGGAAGUGAAGGAAAAGAAAGAAAAAGAAAAUGACCAAAAGGUAAAUGUACAAUGUGCACAUUAAUCCUUUUCUCUGUUUGGUUCUUCAUGGCCAAAAGUAGUUUCAAGUGUAAGAAUAUUGAUUCAUGCAAGUCCAUUUUUAAAAACUGACCGACAUUGUUUAAGAGUGAAGAAUAAUAGGAACAAUGUCCAGCCGAGAAAAAGUUGUGUUCCCUCUCCUUUGAAAAACAGACUGAGAUAUUUUCAGUUAAACUCGCAAUGAAUACUAAUGCCAUACGUACAUGUAAAUGGGUUUAAGGGUGAAAGUUUAAAGGCAAAUAUACAGUGGUACAUAGCUGGGUGACCCUUGAAAUAGUUCAGAGCUUUCCAUAUUUCCUCAAAUAGGGGCCCCAGUGCUGAUUUAAAAUAUUGCAGCUAUUAAAGGAUGGGUGCUUAUUGGAAGGAGUGAGGGUAACUCAAUCAAGUGGAGGACUUGAUAUUUUCCUGUACUGAUUUUGUUCAAAAUGGCAAUAGAAACAAGUUUUCCUUGUAACUCUACCAUUUAAAGUGAGGGAGGAGGGGGUGGGAUGCUUAUUUGAGGGGUGGGGGCACUUGUUCGACAUUGUGGCCAAGGGCAUGGGUACUUAUUCAAGGAAAUAAUAUGGUAUUCCAGUUUAUGAAGUAGUUAUAGAACAAUUAAUGAAAGAUUUUAAUUUGCUCUUCACCUGAGAUGGGAUGCUAAUCCAUGCCAGACAACCCUAAAAUCAGUGUCAUUGUCUCCCAGUUGUCAUACAUACAUAAAACAUGUUGGUGCUCAACCUCUUUAUGAACUCAGUUUGGAAAUUUUGAUGAUAUGCUGGUCAGUUUGAAGAGACUUUUGUCCUCAUUUUCUCUAAGUAUAUACAAGCUACAGUAUACACUGUCUUGUAACUAACUUGUACUAUUUGCCUGAAAGAAAAUUCAAAUUCAAAUUGUAAUCACCAAUGUUGAGCAUAAUUUGUUGAUUUUUUAAUUUUUUAGCCUGUCAAGACUCACAACAUCCACCAUUUCUGUACCAUGCCAUCCAGAGUGGAACUACCUCCUCAUCUAUGUAGAUUGACAAGAGAUAAACAUACAAGCAAUAAAUAUCGUAAACUGACAGAGAAGACGAUGGAGGUAAGAUUAACAGAAAGGACUGCAGUGGGAAAGAUUGGCCUGAGGUUGUGGCAGUACAAUAAUAAGGGCCAAUAUUUCUCAAUAUGGCUUAAGCAAGUGAGGCUAAUAACCAGAUUAUAAUUAUAUAGCACUUAGACUAAACUUGUUUAUUUGAAAUUUUCUGGAUUUUGAGAACAAAAAUACAUGGCUUAUGACCAUUUCCACAUCCAUAUAGCAAAAUCCAGUCCAAGUAAUAAUCAAUUAGAAUGUUUGGGUUUCCCCCAAGACUAACCUGUCUAUAAUAAAGUAAUAAAGGGGUAAGUUUCUAAAGAAACUGUGGUGCUGCAUCGGUGGGAGAGUAUAGCAGGUAAUUUAGUGUUAACAACUGGGUUGAAAACGUAAAUUAGCCACCGUAAAGGGUAAAAAAGCUGACGUUUCGAGCGUUAGCCCUUUGUCAGAGCGAUGUACUGUACUGUACUGCUAAUUUACGUUUUCAACCCAGUUGUUAACACUAAAUUACCUAUAAUAAAGUAAUCUCACUUAAUGCUUAUCUCGGCCUUUUUUUAUUAAGAUUUCCUACAAUACAUUGUAGUUGGCACCAAGUAAAGCCCAAAUUACAUUGUAUAGAAGAAAUGCAUUUGAAUGAUAAAUCAUGAUACAAAAUCAGUUGGUUUUUUUUUACCAUCUUUCUCUGUCUCUUUUGAAAAUAUUAUGUCUUCAAUUUAUAAGUACAUGUAGCAAACAUUUCUUUCUUCCAUCCUUUAAACCCUUUUCAAAUGAAUACAUGAAAGACAGACUUUAAAUGCUGUCUACAUGUAGAUCAUCUUCAAAUGGGAGAGGUUUGGAGAACAAAAGGAAUGUAACUAUAAUAGUCUAACAGCAGGUGGAGAAGCCAGGGUGGAAACCAGUGUUUGGUGUGCCUCAUUGGACCUUAUGCAAUAAGUGGCUUAGUAAUGGUGUUACAGGAGGCUAUGCCUGAGAAAGUCGCCAUGAGGCAAAACCCAAGCCAGGAGCUUGCUCGCAGGCUGACAGACAACAGUUAGGGGUCUCACCGGCAGUGGUAGAUCACCAGUAACUGAAUUUUAUUGAAACCCAUGAGUUGAUAGUACUACCUUGUUUAAGGGUUUAACCCUUUACACCCUAACAUCAGUAUCCAUGGUCUCCAUACUCUUUUCUAUACAUUUCCUUCAGUACUGACAAGGAGAAUUUGUCUAGCAAUCAAAGCUUCUUUAAUUAGUUGGCAAUCGAUCAUUUCCUUUACUCUUGUGAUCUUAAUGAAUGACUCAGCUGUAUUACUGUAAGGAGAAAUUAGAUACUGGUCACUCUCAGGGUUUAAAAGGUUAAUAGAGUAAAAUUGGAUCAAUAUCAGUAUCUGGGCAACUGCCCACCUACCCCUCCCCUCCUCUAACCCAACAUUAACCCUAACUUGUUAUCAAUUGACUUUUGUUGGGUUAGGGGAGGGGAGGGAGGGGUAGGUAGGUGGGCAGUUGCCCAGAUACUGAUAUUGAUCUGUAAAAUUUGUAUAACUUGCUUGUUGUAUGCAGAGUUUGUCACGGAAUAAUAAUGAGAAGAACAAUUACAUGUAAGAACAGUUGUGAAUACUUGAGUCACUACAUGUUUGUAUCCAAACAUGUUGUGACUCAUGAGAAUUUUAAACCAUGUUGGAAUAUACUAAAAUGUUCAAAACAAGUGGUUUUUUAGCCAAGAACAUUCUGUGGAGCCAAAAGGUCAUGGAUUUGCACACAUGCGUGUAGUGCUUCUGAAUAUGUUUGCUUUUUUGCUGUUCAUCGUUACUUUGCAGUCACCACCAUGCAACAAAAAUUGUUGCCCUUUGCAGCAUUAGUUGUUGUUCACAACUGUUUUUAAUUGUUCUUCGAAUUACAAUAUAGCAUUUAGUGUCAAACUCUGAACAGGUAAUACAAAUUUACUCUUAGACUACUAGGAUAAUUAAUACUAAUGUCAAGAUUAUUAUCAAAACAGGUUUUACAGGAAGAAACUGAUUUAGCUGAAACUGUGGAAGAGGAAACUGGAGAUGAAAAAGAGCCAGAGAAACCAAGUAGAGCUGUUCAGCAGCGACGAUGGUCAGUUGUGGCCCAAAGGAUUCUGGAUGAAGCUUUGGUGGCUGGUGAUUAUGAGGAGACUUUCAAUAGGUUGAAGAGAGCUUCAGAUGAUUUGGUGAGUUGUGACUGCUCAUCUUGGAUUCCUAGUGAUCUAAGAGGUUACACUGUUAUGUACACAGCUACUGAGGGCUUGAGUUAUGCUGGGUUGAAAGUUACAAGACAGUUGUAAUAUGGCUCAAUUAAAUGUAUUUUAGCAGGCACAAACUCCUCCUCCAUGAUAUGAUAAGCUGAAUUGUUCACACAUUUUGAUUGCUUCUUACAUAUGAUCUACAUGUAUUGGUGGACAGACACAAAGAUGAUGUAACCAUAAGCUUUUUUAUCAUAGAAAAAAAAAACAGAUAUUGACUGUAGCCAUUGGUCUGUAGAAUAGUAGAUCACUGAAGAUGUCAAAAUAUGUUAGGUGCAUUAGUGGCCUACUCAGUUGCGACUUGUGAGCCACUUUAUUUUUCCUUACCACAUUUUGAUGUCUUCUGUGAUCUACAAGAUCUACCGAACAUAUGCAUGACAACAUGGAAUCUAUAUGUUAAUUGUGCACUUACAUGUAAAAGUAGUAAAACACAUUCCUCGGCCUAACUGAUGAACAGUGUACAUGUAAAACUAAGUGAUGAUGGAAAUUCAUCAGAAACUUUUACAAAUAGGUUUUGAAGGACAAGACUGAGAAUGAUCUAAACGUUAUAUCUGUUUGCACACUGUUGUCCAUUUGAACUUCAUUUAUGAUUCACAUUUUACUUGUGUAUUGGUGCUACACUCUUGGCCUUCUAACAUGUAUUUGUGCAUCAUUUUCUCUGGUGAUCCUUGUUGGGUUCUGUGAAUAUCCUAACUUAUAUUUUCUGCUAAAAAAAUUAUAUUGAAUUCAGCAUUAUCUGUUCUCUUUUUUUUACAGUUCUCAGUUGAACAAGAGCAAUCACUUGACAUUGUUGGUGUUAAAAUAGAACUGAAAGAUGAUAGCUCCAGGUAAUUUGAAUUAUGUUAACUUUAUUACGUUUUACAGCGUUUACACAAAUUUUACUUCCAAGUAUGUAGACUGUACUGAGCAAGUUUCUUUAAUAUAAAUUUGUUUGUUUUGUCACAUAAUCUAAAUUUCAAUAGAUGUGAAAUCCCUCGUGUUAUACUUGGUUGUUCACAGCAAUUUGAGUUUUGGGGAAUUUCAGCUCUAUUUAAAAAAUCCUGCUUUUGUUAACGGUUUGUAGAUAUUUUUCAUUUUCCUCUAAAAAUACUCAUGUCAUAGGACCUUUGAAAAAUCAUCUCAUUGUUAACCCUUUAACUCCCAGAUCUGAUAGUCAAUUCUCCCCUCCUGCUACUACAUAUUUCCUUUUAAAUAAGUUACAAGAAUUUGGUUUUAGAUCAAGACAACAACUUCUAUUUGUUAUGUUUGAGUAUUCUCAUUACCUGUUUGCUGGGUAACUGGUCAUUUCGCACAAAAGACUCUUCACACAAGUUUUUUAGCACAAGUUUUGGACCAUUCGCACGGUCUAGUUGAAGUUAUUACGUAAAUAAAUGUCUACGUUUUUGCAGCUGGAUCAUGUGAUGGUGAAAUGUCUUAUCAGUAUCAAUCAGUAUACCUUUUAUAUUGAUGUUUCUCACUUAUGAUUAUUGUGCGAAAUGACCACUAAGAAUUGUGCGAACGGUCCAAAACUUGUGCUAAAAGACUUGUGCGAAAAGUCUUUUGUGCGAAAUGUCCUGUAUUCGCUUGCUGGAUGAUGUAUGGAUAUUGCAGGGAGAUGUUAAUCGCUUCUGGGUGUUAAAGGGUUAAAGUAUUUGGUCAAAUUGUUUUUCCUUGAUUGUGCUUGAAUUUAAGAUACAGAGAAUUUCAAACAUCUCAGAUUAAUUUUGAAUUUUGGCAUUUUUCUCUAAACACUGUUGUAAAAAAAUCUAAUAUUUAGCAGGUUUAAUGAGGCUUUUUCCUUCACUUGUACUUUAAGGCACAUGUAUUUUACCACUGUCUUGAAACUGCUGGGGCUUCUAAUGAGUUUUGAAAAGUUCAUCACACCCUAAGUGCUGGUUCAUGGAGUGUCAUGAAAUUUCAAUUUACUUCUUAACCCUUUGACUCCUGAGCAUAACUACAUGUAGCAUGUAACUUUCCAUACAACAUCAUCCCUGUAUCACCCAUUAAGGUCACAAGAACAAUAGAAAUAAUCACCAACUAAAGAAACCCUUGAUUGUUAAACAAAUUCUCCUUGUCAGCACCUUAGGAAAUGUAUAGAGAACAGUAUGGAAAAUAUUAAAACUGAUGUUAGGGUGAAAAGGGUUAACAACUGUGCGCAUUAUGUGUAUAGACUCUACUGGACACCAGCUCCACCUAAAAUGAACCUGGCGCCUGCCACCAUCAAGUCACAGCUGUACCCAGAGUAUCAGGGGGCAGCUUUACUGCAGGAGAGCCUUGGUGCUGACGUCCGCACUGCCACAGGCAUGGACAGUGAAGACAACAAUGAAACUGAAGCUGAAAUGGAAGCAGAUGGCAUAAGAUACAGGUACCUAGAAUAUUAAUGUCCCUCCCUUCCGACCCUUGUGGGUGGAUCUUUGGGGGCCUUUAAGAGAGAGGGGGGCAGGUCUGGCUUUGCUUUGCCUUUUUCCCGCUGAGAAUCCAUCUUCAGGCUAUGUAGAAAUAAAUCUUUUUUUUUUUUUGGCCUGAUUUGGCUUUUUGAGGAAGAUGAGAUGAGCUAAAUGAGUUAUUAAAAAACACAGAUACUGAAACGGGUUUGUUGAGCACGUGAUUUUCUAAUAAGGUGCAAGCCAGUAGAUCAGUGAGACCUGUGCAGGUCGUGAUAGUUUUAUUUUUGAGUAAGGGAGCAGUCAUUAUUUAUUGCCUGGGGUGGGAAGGGUUUUGGUUGCGUCCUGAUAAAAUUUACCUAAUGAUUCCCCUCCCCCACUGCCAGUUAAUUGGCCGUCAGUUUUCCAUAGUCUCCCUUUAUACUCUGUUGGAGACGAUUGAUUCCCCUUCCGUUCCCCCCUGGAUACCAUGAGAUCCCCCCGAAAAUCCUCCCCUCUCCCCCACCUCUUCCAGAGUGGUUCCUAAAUGGACAUGAAUCUCCUUGCUGGGCUCCAAGCUGCGGCCCUUUUGGUCGCUAUUGCGAGUAGAAAAAAGUUUUUUGGCGACUGAAUUUACAGCGAAAGUCGCCAAUUUGUAAAAACAAUUUGUCUUUCACAGACAUGUGGCUAGCUGUAAUAUUAAUGGACGUAAUCAAUACAAUAUCAAUACAAUAUCAAUACAAUAUCAAUACAAUAUCAAUACAAUAUCAAUACAAUAUCAAUACAGUAUCAAUACAAUAUCAAUACGAUAUCAAUACGAUAUCAAUACAAUAUCAAUACAAUAUCAAUACAAUAUCAAUACAAUACCAAUACAAUAUCAAUACAAUAUCAAGCAGACAAGUGAUAGGAAUAAACAAAAGUAUCAAUUAUGGGAUUGGUACUUGAUCCAAUACCAUCCACUCGGAACUAGCAUCGUAAGCAUUGUGUGGCGGACAGUAAGGAGAAUUACUAAUGAGAUAAUGGGAGUGAAAGGGUUAAGUAACUGUGAGGUAACCUUUCGCAUACAAUACUAUCCAGGCUUCGUCGCCUUUUUUUCUAAAACACUGCGACUAGAAAGUUAUUGCUGGCCACUUGACGCUUCAUGGAGCCCUACCUGAUGAUACAAAAAGAUCGCGUUCAAUAAUGUGGCAUGAUGAAAUAUUGUUGAAAUUUGUCAUUUUUAAUGAGGUCAGGCCGUUGGUAGUCUUCUUUACGGGAAGGGUCGCUUCAGUCACGCAACGCUCGUCAGAGUAUAUUGCGUGACAACACCGAACAACACCAGGAAGGAGACGAGGACUUGCGUGACAUCAAUUCAACCCAAGGAACAUGUCUGAGUUUCUUUUCCCUCGGGUUAACAGCAUAUAUCACCAUCCACUGAGUACAGUCAAGACGUGACAGAUGUGUAUCAGUAAUUUUUUUCCUCUAACAGAGUUCUGAGCCGAACACACGAGUCCAUGACAGAUCUAAGAAAGCUUUUGGCCGAAUCAGUAGAACACAGGCCCAAAACGGAUUUAGGAGGAGAGGGACGUGCUGAUCGGUUCAGUGCGCAGCUUGGAAGAAUGGGCGAGACAGACCAACAAGGUAAGGAAUGGUAAAACCACAACAGGUAAUAUUUCAACACUCGAUUGAAACUUUCUAAUCAUGAACUGUUCAAGCAGGCGGCCCAAGUAAAUUUGUCUCUGUGCUUGACAAGAGGAGACAGGACAAUAAAGAAGACGACACAGACGAAAGAGAAGAGGAAUGGAACGGUGAAGAAGAGAAAGAGGAGACAGGAUUCGUUUACUUUAGGUAUAUACCUUUCCACUAAAGAAAUGCUUUUAGUGCUAGCCUAAGUGUAGCUGUACCCUUUCCCCCAAGGUGAAACGGAGGUUCCCUCGCUUCCGUUUCACCUUGCGGGGGGGGGGGGAGGGGGAAGGGGAAGGGUACGGCUACACGUUCGCUAUUUUAGUGCAAGUGUUACUGUUCGUGCAUCUAGGGUAAAGGAGACUUUUUCGUACGUUGGCUUUAAUUCUUGGAUAUCAUUUGACAAUUCGAUUCAAAGCUUUCGAGAAGGAUGUCGUAGGAUGCAAGGUCCUUAAGUUUAAAUGUACCUGAACUUCUUAAAAUAUAGGAGAGAAAUUAUUUAUGGGCAUUAAAUAAAUUUAAUCCCUCCAAAAAAGAAACUUAACUGCAGCUUAAGAAACAAGUCUUUCAUUGCCCCAAAGUUGAUAGAGGCCGUUUUUAAGAGUCCUAUGUGAAUCGUGUAGUUUCUUAGUCCAAGGCGGCGUCAUAAAUUGAGACUUUUUUUUACAUGUUUUACCAUUUUUGACCUUUUUGCUACUAUUUUAACGUUAUACCAUGUAACAUAAGAUAAGUAAUAUAUAUCUUGUAAAGAAAGACAGAAAUCUGCUAUUAAUUUCGUCUUUGAUAGAUCGGCGUCACAACCUUUGUUAUCUAUUGGCGACAAGGAUCUGAAAGUUCAAGCGGGUUAUGACGUCAGCAUGAAUGAGGUAAACUUUAGAUACGCAUAUACACAAGGUUUAUGAUCAUUCCUCGCAGAAUUUUGAGGUAGAAAUCAUUUUAAGCUAAAACCAGGUGUUGUUUGUGUAAUUUAGGGGCAUCAAUAGUUUACAAUAAGUUUUCCCAGCGCGAAAUGUUUUGAAGGCAUUGCGGUAUUAUGUCUUUAGAGCAACUGUGACGUAUCCAAAAUCGUCUUACGUAGUUGUAAAAUUUACGUGCAAAACAAUCUACCUCUUCGCAUUUUGUGCACUGGCGUUGAAAGUCGAAACGUAACAAGCUAUAUCUCAAUUUGAAUUCACUCUGCUGUGAGGCAAAAACCUUAUCUUUAGAUUUCCCACCAAAACAUUAUUCAUAUCUUCAACCCUUUUCAUUGUGCAUAUUCUCCAUACUGUUCUCUGUACUUUUCCUAUGGCCCUGACAAGGAGAAUUUUUUAACAGUCAAGAGUUACUUGAGUUGGCGGUCAUUUCUGUUUUUUUCUCAUGGCCGUAAUGUUUUAAUCGGAAGUGAUGCUGUUAGGGGAAAUUGGAUGCUAGUCACUCCUAGGGGUUUAAGGGUUGAGGACCCAAAUAAUUUCCUCGUAUUUCCUGACACAACUUAAGCUGAAGACGUCAGUAGAAAUAGUUGGCGCCCAAAGAAUCGGUCUGUUGACUGGAGUAUCAUGUGGGGGCGAAGUAGCAUGGAUUUCUGAGUGUGAGGAAGUAAAUCAGUCUUCACACGAGCCUGGAGACAUUACUUAGUGCUGUACGCUUUAAUAUUGCGCUCACGAGGUUGGGAGACUGCUAUGUAACCUCAUCCCCACGUCCCUAUCUCUUCCUCCCCCGAGAAAGUAUAGAGAGGACUCUGGGAUCGAGAUUGCAUGACUGCUACGCUGGCCUCUAAGAGACCGUAAUGUGACUCAUUUAUUUUGUGGUUUUCUAAUAUUUGCUUGUUAUUUCCUUUCCCAAUGAUGUGCUUUGAAUACAGUUGAAUUACCAGCGUGAACAAGUCGCUGCCAUCAAAGAAAAGCAGCAAGAAAAACAUGAAAUUGAAGACAGCAUCCUUCCUCAGGUACAAAUAAAAAGUAUUCAUAUGCGUUCGUGAUAUUUUCGUAAGUUUUUCUCUAAUUUUCCAAAAAAAUCUUAAACUGGGUAUCUCAAAAGUUAUGAUGACGUUUUGAAGUCCUCUGAUUGUUGUAUGUUAGUGAAAAGACUGUUCGGGUCACAAAAACCAUUUAGAGCACUCAUGAAUUCAGGGUCGUUAAAUCAAGACCUAAACAAAAAUCACAAAGGACAUUUAAAAUGAAGGAAUAUAUCUCAAGGAGCCUAGGAUAGCUCAAGGUAAAAACGAGCCAACUGCCUGAAGCGUAAGAAAUCGAUAGUGAUCAAGACAUGAUUGGUUUACGUUUUGCCAACAUCUGAUUGGCGGAGGAGUUGGAGUAAUUUCUCAUGGCUAAUCAAGGAACGAAGGAAUAAAAACUCAUAGCAACAAGGCUCUGCUGUAUUCAAAUGACCCCCCCCCCCUUCUUAGCAGUCAAUUUUCCACUGUCCCGCCCUCCCUUUAUACUCUAUUAGCACGACUGAUCCCCACUCCGUUCUCCCUGAGAACCAUGUGUCUCCCAAAAUCCUCCACCCCCCUCCCCCCAGGUAAUAAAUGAUUAGUCCCCUAAAAUUGGUCUAUUACCUUUUAGGCUAUGAAAGAAAUCAUAUGUAUUCAUCAAAAAAGUAUCUUAGUCGCUGCAUAGUUUUUUUCGAGUGAAAGUCGCAGAAUACUGACUUUGCUACCAAAAUUAUAUAACUUGUAAAAUUCUUUGAUUUUGUAUAGGAAUCCUCAGCCCCAACGAAAACUACUCCCGCCGAGCACAGUACUGUUUUGGGUAAGUUGCUUCAGUAUAUGUGAACGACAAAAUUUUCUUUGUUUCUCUCGCUCACUUUGGCUAAGAGUGAUAGCCUGGGAACGACAGUCACCGCGCAAGUCCUUAUGGGGUUGUUCGGGGAGGACUCUCAUAGCUGUCAGAAUGAGUCAUACUUAGGUACACAGUUCAUAAUUUUAGGUUGUUGUUUUGUUGUUUUGUUGUUUUAAGACUUGUCUCACGAGUUGGAUACUGAUGAGGGAAGGACAGAUGCAGGUGAUAGUAUGUCGAUACAAACAGGCACAACUGGUCCAACAAGUCGCAGGUAUAACGAGUUCGUUGUAGUUGAUGAAAAAUUUUCAUGAUGAGUGGUAUGGAAUUGUUUGGUAUAAUUCAAGGGAAUGAGAACGAGUAGAACGAAAUGAGAUGAGUUAAAUGGAUAGAGGUAGAUUGGAUGAAAUAAAAUGAGACAGGACAAGAAAUGGGUGGGAAAUGGAAUGGAUAGAAUGUUAUGAGAAGGAAGGGUAAGACUGAGUGGAAUGGGAUACAAAAGGACAAGAUGAAGUGGGAUGUAAAUUUGAAUUUCUUCGAUUUCAUUUAUAGGAGAAUCCCUCACCAACGAAGAGUGAAGAAAAAGACUAAGAGAGAGUUGGUAUGUAAUAACCUUGUUUUAAAUUUGGUAAUUUGAAUGUCUCUCCUAGAAAUUCUUUUAUUCUUCGUUUCUUUAUUCAUUCGUUUAUUUAUGUAUGUGUUUAUUUAUUUGGUUCGGUUCGUUUAUUCAGGAAAGAGAACGGGCAAUAAGAGAAUUCUUGAAUCAACCGGCAAGGAAAUUAGUCAGGUACUGUAUUUAACGUGGAAUUCCACAAAAUGAGGAACUAGAAGUAAACAUACUCAGCGGUACAUGGUACAGUUAUUUGUCGCCGUGGGGAGGGGAAGGGUCAGACGAUUGGGGGAUCACAUGGUUUUUAGAGAGGGGGUGGUGGUGGGGAAUUUGUUGACCGGAACAGAGUUUGAAGAGGGGACUGGGACUGCCAAUGAGAGGCGGGGGGGAGGGGGAGGGGGUCAUUUAAAUACUACAGAGCCUUAUGGGGGAGAUCAGGUGAUGAAUAGUGACCGGUCCCUCAGUUUGAACAGGUUCGGUCCAGUCGUCUCAGACUGGUGUCAGAGAGACUUGAGCUUAGUCAAAAUAUUUUUAUCUGUAACAGAUGCAGGUCAUUCACUGAAGUGAGAUUCUUGGCCGAGGAAACAAUUACAGAAAGAAGGGAAAGCAUCAGUAUAAGGUAAGGUAAAUUGAAAGAGAAAACUGGUUCUUCACAGUCUUAAUUUUUAUUCGAACAAAUUUUGUUAUUGGGAAAAAAAAGGAUGUCAUGAAAAUUGGAAAAGCUCUAAAAAGGUAAUUUGAAAUAAAAGAAAUCCGACCAAUAAGCCGUGUUUCCACUCUCUUCUACAGCGCUGAACUGAUGAGAGUUAAUAGCGAACCUGCACUUUUUGACUUCGACAACGUUUUCAAAAACGAGUUCACCGGGUAUGUAUGUUAGAAUGGAGGAUGAUAUAGUAAUACUCAGCGCACAGGUCAAGGGAAAUGAGGUAGGCUUCGAGUGAAAGUUUCUAGUUUAGGAAAGAAAAAAUUUUACUAUCGCCAAGCACUUCAAAUUUACAGAGCCCAUCUCCGUCCAGCUGACACUUGUUUCUCGAAUUUCCCGGUAACUGAACGGGCUCGUAAAGCAGUUCUUUUUUCAUUUCAAGAUCGUGGUUUAAAAAGUUUUGUAAAUUCUACUAUAAAACUGUUAGUUAAAGAAACAAAAUAAACUUUUUAUGGUACAAGAACCUGCUUUUCUGUUCUUGAAAUUUUGAUUUUAAAAUAUAGCUUUAAGCCAGUUAAGUGACGGGGACUUUCGAGAAACGGGCUCUAGGACUCGAAGCUAAUAGUAUGAGAGCCGUCGCUAAAAUGAUGUGAAUUACUUGCUAGCGGCUAGCAUACAAUGUAGAGAGUGAACGAGUACUCUUACCGGGUUUAAUGCUGUAAAAAUAAUGAUAAGCUUUGGCAAUGAUGUUUUUGGGACCUAAACGAUACUAGGAGUGAACAAAUUUAUCCCAACAGAUCAGACAUAGAAAACUUUGAUGAAGUACGUGAACGCCUCUGGUAUGUUUGGUUUGACGAAGUUUAUCCUCCUACACCUGCAUUGCCCGAAAUAAAAUGUGAGUUGGUUACCAGUUGGUUGGUUUAUUUUUAUGAUAGCAGUUUUCAAUCAAGUUUCGAAAAAUCAAAAUCAACCAAUCAUAACAGAGGUCUACAUUAUCAUCAGCCAAUGAGAACUCAAAGUAAAAACAACAAGCUGCUUGAAGCGCGGGAAAAUGCGAAUGGUUUUAGUUUUGCAUCUAAUUGGUCGGGAGGAUGGUGCGAGGUUUCUGGACCAAUCACAGAGUACAGUUGAUUAAAAGCAAAGCAUUCUCGGAUUACUUUCGACACUGUAUCAAAAAAUUUUAGCUUAAAUCAGUUAGCUUACGAUUAUUUAGUUCUCGUCUUGGAUGGUGUGGUUAAACUCCCGAUGGUGGUUUUAAACAUCCAACUUCUCCUCACAAUUUCUAUGUAAUAUCCAUGGACUAGUUAUGAGAAUUGAUAAGGUUAUUGUCUAGAGGGUGUAACCUUGGUAAAGCAGGCAUGCAGUGGCAAGGUAUUCCUCGGAGUACAGGAAGUCGAGAUUUUCAGAUCCUUCUUGUUAUUAUAUGCUUCCCAAAAUUUAACGUUACUCCUUAAGUUUUUAUUUGUCAUGAUAGAAUCUGACCCUUCUUUAAUAAAGGAGCUCCAGUGCACGAUGCAGGCGCGCAAGUGGAGCCUUAAUUUCUCAAAGAAACCCUGAUAAACCCAAACAAACCGAGAAAAAGUGGUUAUCACGCGACGUGUGUACGUCAUUAUUUGCAUUCGGCUGUUCGUCCGCGCUGAAUUGUGACUGUAUUACGUUAGUUAUUUGCUGACCGCUGAUUUAAGGGACUGUCGGCGAAUUAACUGAAGUUCCCCUAGAAGGUUCGGUACAUUAUCUUUUAGUUUCCUCGUUAGCUGAAUAAUUCUCUUUUUAAUUGUUUUUGUCUUUUUUUUUUCCUCUAGUUGAUCUGCAGAGUUUUGCAUCUCCAAGACCACCGACUCCAAGGUAAGGCAAAAAUACGCAGUAAUUUUUUUACUAUAAUACUGUGGAUGAAACUGAGUUUUUUUUUUUUGUUUUUUUUGUUUUUUUUGUAGCAAGUCCUCAGCGGUAGUUAUUGACAAUAAUAUAUUGGACGAUAUACAAGUUAUUGAGCCGGAGAUUCAAAGCUCAGACCAAGAAUUGUACCAGGUAAGUCAGUCCCAAGUUUUCUUCUUUGUUUGCCUACUACGCCGAUACAGUUCACUUCUUUGGAUCAGUGUCGCUACCUGAGCAACCGCACACUUACCCCUCCUCUGAACCAAAUAUUAACCCUGACUUGUUAUCAGUUGACUAUUGUUAGGUCAGGGAAGGGAUAGCUGUGCAGUUUCCCACUUGGUGAGCAAAAGGCAAGAGGGUGUAAUAUCUAAGUGAACAUUGUAGUGGUUGCAACGUAGCAAAGACUAAUUCGAGAUUUUAUUAUUUAAACCUAUUUGUUGUUGUUGGUCAAGGAUAUAUUGGUUGUUUGAUUUUCUUAUGGAAUACUCUACUUCUAAGCCAGCACGGUGUUUGCGUAAAAUAAAUGGUAUUGCGCAGCAUGAAUCGCUAAACAGCUUUCUUACCUCAUCCGUAUUUCAACUGUAUACCUCUGUAGCGUUUUGUUACAAACUGUUGUGGGGAUACACUUCAUACUGAUCACACAUACAAACUUAAAACUGUACGAAGCGGCAUUUAGGUUUGGCGUUUAUACGAAUGUUAGCUUACGAGCAGUCCCUGCUUUUCUGCGAAGUCCAUCGCGCGAGUGAAAAAAAAUCCCAGUUAAAAAAUUCAGCAGGACCUUGCUCACUUCAACUCGAACUUCUUGGUAGCUCGAACAAGAUCCGAUUCCCCUUGACCCAAUUUUUCAGUUAUUUCUAUCAGCUAACUCCAACCAUUUCUGUUUCCCUCCGGUUUAGUUGAUUUUUAUUAACACUGCACACUCUCGUGUUCAUCUAGUUUCCGUCUCUUGAUUCUAACCAAAGUACUUUAUCCUUCGGUACCUCAGGCUCUUCAAGAGGAAGUCGACCGACUUACUGAUUUGAUAGACACAACUCAGGGAAAAGAAUCUUUAGCCAUUCAUUUAUGCCGACGAGGGGCUGUUUACCGAAAGGUACGAUAGACCAGGCACUGGAGCAUUGAAAAGCACAAGUGGGAUCUAUGAUCUGUUUGGUUUUUAUUUCCAUUGUAACCCUUAACUCCCAGAUCAAUUUGUAAUUCUCCUUACUGUCAACCAUACAAUUCUUAUGAUGUUAGUUCAAAGAACUAACUUGGAUCAAUCAAUUAUCCCCAAAUUGAUAUUUUUCUUUAUUCUCAUCACUUAUCUGGUUGAUAUUGUCUUGAUAUUGUAAGGAGAAAUUCUGUAUUGGUCACUCGUGGGAAUAGAAGGGUUAAAAAGACUAGUACGUGUUCCUAAGAUAUUUCGGGCUGGUUUUGGUUUAUACAGAAUUGCCGUUAAUUGGAAGGAAAUCUGCUCAAUUGUUGUUUGCUGAAGGAGAACAGCAAUGAGGAGGUUUUUAAUAAAUCAAAAGGUGACAACAGUGGUUGAGGAUGGAGAAGAUAAAAGCGAAUUGGAAAUGAUAAAAUAUGUGGAAAAACGUAUGCUCAUUCUUUAAGCUAGGCAAGCCGUAAGGUAGCUAGCUACCUUUCACAGUCCUUAGAACUUCAUGGUCCGCCAUUUGUGCCCGCCAAUCGGGUAUGAAACUAGAGGCAACGUUGGCGUGGAACCUCUGACAUUUACUCCUAAGAUAUGGUGUAGACUAGCAACAAAAGAUAAACCAACGACAGGGUCACUUCUCUCCCGCCUUUUUGAAACCAGGUGCUUUCUUGACUUGUUUAAGAAACACCUUGUUGGAUCAUUGUUAGUUUCCCUGCCUUUGUAAGGUAAUUUCCUGUGGAUGUGGGCACAAGAAUGUCCUGCAUUUUCCUGCGCGCCACAUCCUCAGCAUCAUGAAUUUCUUUGGUGUAAACCCAUUAAGUUUGUUGUUUUUUAGGCGACUAUUUUCAUAUUUGCAAUAGAUAUUACUUUUACUAAAAAUGGACACUCGGAAAGUGUUGUUUCAGUUAUCGAAUUUUAUUUUUAUCUACAGCUUGGAUAUCUAAAGAAAGCUUGGGAUGACUUAAACAGGUGAAACAACGAGAAAUGAUUUUUCAUUUUGUGUCAUAUUUAGUAACGUAUUUUUUGCCCAUUUCAAUCCAGUUUUACGGUUGAAUCUGUAACUGGAUUAACUGCGUAAAGUUGGAACUCGCCCCUACCAAUUGUUUUUGCUUCAAUUGCAGAUCUAUUGAACUGGAACCAAAACUGCUGGACGCGUAUUGGCACAGACACCUGCUUCAUCUUCUACAAGAUAACAGAAAGGUACUGUCUAUUGAAAGACAAGCAGUACGCGUUUUAUGUUGUCCCCGCAAUGCGCGCACAAUCCAUCUUGGUUUGUCGACCAACAACGUAUGUAUUCAAAACCGCUAGAUCGGUUAUAUUUAACAAUUAUAUGUCCAAGCGUUCUUUAUGCUUCUUUGGCUACAUAUAUCUACAUUUUCUCCGUAGAGCAGAUACUGUCAAUCGAGUCUUUUCUUGAUUACAGGUAUCUCAUUUGCUAUUGGUGCUAAAACUAUUCGCAACCAAUUUUGUUGUAUCUUGUUGUUGUUGUUGUUGUUGUUGUUGUAUUGUUUAUAUCCUUGCGUAUUAUAGUUAGCUUUGGAGGACUUGUCUUUCAUCAUCAAGAACAACAGCAGUCAAGCCCGAGCAUUUCGAUCCAGGUUCGUUUCAAUAGAGAUAGACAUAGGCAAACAAUAGGCAUAGUAAAACCGAAUAACAGUUGGAUCGCUGAUUAAGCUCCGCUAUCGCAGUUACCUUCUGAAGCAUUAAAGGAGACUUGACGGAAGACGCUUUGUUGUAAUUCUCUGUAUUGUCCGUUACCGACGCAAAAAGAGAACCAUGAGUUCCGCUGAUUAUGGCUUACUAUGAUAGUAAAAACAUCAAAACGCGAUGAAUGAACGGAAAGGAACAAGGGUGGAAAAAGAAAGCGAGACAACAUUCUGAAUUCCAAUUCAACCUGGAAACAGUGGACAAGAAGAGCAACCUCGCGGAAUAUCAACUGUUGAAUUAUUAUUAUUACUACUAUUAUUAUCAGUAUCAUAAUAAUUAUUAUUAUUGCAUUAUUAUCAUUAUUAUUAUUUUAACAUUGACUAUGAAUGACUAACUCUUUCAUUAUUCACUAACCGCAACGCCAAGCUCUGUUUAACGUGAUUUUGACAGAGAAAGCGAGAAAUUCAAAGAAAUACGGUAGAAAGAGGUGUAGACAUAAAUCAGUGCGAGAGGCACUUGUAGAUAAAGAACUUCCCAGUUUUGCAUCUGAUUGGUUGAGAAAGUAGUCCGAGUUUUCUAUACCAAUCAGAGAGCGAAGAGAAGGAAUCAUUCAACAUGCAAUGUUAAACUGAAUCAUUAACAAGGUGGUGUCAUCAGUGCCCAACAAGGGAGGGGGUUGGGAGCAUACUUAACAGGGCUAAUCCUGAUCAUUUGUGGUUUUGACCGUUUAGCAUGAACUGACCACUGUUUCUCUAACCUACAGAGCGGAACUAUAUCGGCAAGAAAACGAUGCAACAAUGGCCAUUGUCAAUUACUCCCAGGUAAUACGGAAAUGAUGCCACGAUAUUUCUGUUUUCACGUCCUUAUGGAUUUUAAUUCUACGUGCGAAUUGAAUUUACUGAGUUUAGUGAUUAAUUGUAGGCGAUCAGGUUGAAUCCUGAUGAUGCCGAGACCUACUACCAGAGAGCAGCUAUGUUUAAAAUGGUGAGUAUGCCGACUGCUUUUUCAAGGUUGAGUCAUUCUCGGUUAGAUCUUAGAUUUCAUCGAGAUCUAAAUAAAAUGGCACUUUCAGUCAUUCUGUAGGUUAAUUUUUUGUUUGUUUUUUUUAUUAGUUUGUCUCUUUUUUUUUUUAAGCGUGGCGAUAUGAUUUUAGCUCUUGAGGAUUAUAAGAUUGCAGCGAAGCUUUUGCCUUCGAAGACGGAUGCCAUGUUCGAGAUAGGCCUGUUUCGUUUUCAAAACGAGUGAGUAUCGAAUUCAGAUCGAUCUUGUAUCGAUUAUCAAUUGCCUUAUUACGAUCUUAUUGGAAACACUGAAAUAAUGUAACGCAGCGGAUAUUUCCCGUUUGAACGGUGUCUGUUGUUCUUGAGAAAGGUAUUUUGAUUUCGUAGUGCUUCUUUCUACCCACGAGAGCCACGAGGCAUUUUAAUGCCUCUUUACAGUCCACGGGAAUUCAAAAGUAUUAAAAGACUUUCCUGAUUACUUUUGUCUUGAUAUUUGCUAAACACAGAAACUGGACUGCUGCCCUUAGAGAUUUUACAGAGAUUCUCCAGCAGGACCCAGAAGACUCGAAGGCUUAUACUUACAGGGCAAGAGUGUAUGCCAAGAUGGUAUGUGUAAUGAAUAGAUUUUCCGUGCUUAGAGCCUAAUUAGUCAUUGCUGUCUUCGUAAAAGGAGCUUCCGUAAAAUGUCUUUCUUCCAUGCGUCACCUGACUGUGUUUAACUGUUGAAAUAUCUGAGUUAAUGCAAAAGUUCCCUAACUCCCUCCCCCUCAGCAAUGUUACAGCUUCUUUGAGGAACUACACUUUUCCUCAAUCUUAGCUUGAUAUUGAGUCAGUUUAAUUCUGCCUUUUUAUUGUUUCCCCGGAAUACUUUCGGCAUUCUUGUUCGGUAACACGCUCAUCACAGCGGUCAUCACAAAGGCAUCAUGCCCAAAGGUCUCUUUCCAGACUCUUUUGGUCCAAGAAAAAGCGUCUCUUUCGGAAAAUUCGGAAAUCACCAGCGUGGUUUCGGGGACCGAUAAUGUAACAUUUAGGAAGAAGCUAGUUUCCUUACCAUACAGCAGCUUCUCUUAUGUGUAGAAUUUCCGCUUUGUUGCAGGAUAACUUCGAGGCUGCAUUGAAAGACCUAGCCGCUGCUGUUCAUUAUGAUCCUAACAAUGCAGUGGCAUUCUAUCACAGAGGAUGUUUGUUGAGAAAGUAAGAAAUAAAAAAUUAGAAAUAAGAAGUUAUUCUGUGUUGAAAUUUCAAAAGAGGGGCCCUUCAAAAACUGUUCCAACUUUACUGUUUUAUUCCAGAGUACAUUCGAGGAGAGCUCUGCAGGAUUUGAGUGUGUCUCUCCUUCUUGAUAGCUCUGAAGAUAAUGUCAAAGCAUUUCUGCAUCGGGGAAUUUUGUACACCGACUUGAAAAGGUAAGAGUAAGUCCUAGAGACAACUUGCGCACACAAAAGGAGUUUAUCCUGGGUUACUCACCAUGAAGCAAGUGAAACUGGAGCAAUCUUUCAUUGAGUGUAGAAUGUACUCCUGGAUUGCUUUCUUUUAGCUCCAGUAAACUCGCGCCACUCUUUCAACCAAUCAGAUGCAAAACUUAAAUCAAUCACGAACUGGUCACACGCGUUUUCGCGCGCUUUAGGGAGUUUGGUUGGUUUUACUUUAAAAUUUCAUUGGCUCUUAGAGAUAAUUUCCUUUCUUCCGAUUGGCUGUUGUGAUUACUUUGGUUUUGGUUUUACGACACUCAAUCAAAAUGCGCUCUAGUUGUGCUCUUCCUGAAAGGAAAAUACGUCUUACAUCACGAGUAAGAUUCAAACUUGUAGGAUCCUACAGGUCAAAAUAUCUCUUUUGUGGGAGAACCUUAGGUUCGAGCCUUAGAAAUGGUCACCGGGUUAUAUUCUCGGAUCACUCUAGUCACUCUUUCAGUGCCUCUCUCCAAGUAGGAAAUAGAUGGUUCGAGUGGUAUCUGGAGUUUCGCUGAAUUGCAAGUUCGUCCGCUACAAAUUCGCUCCCAUUUUGAAGGGUUCUAAAGUCUUUCAACUCGUUUCCAUAUAGCAAAUGGUGAACCUUUCCUAACGGCUCGAUCAACGUGUAAAUUUGUUACUGUAUCAACUAACGUGCUUAGGGCAAAGGUGCUACAUUGCACAUGUCUUUAUGUAACUGGGAACCUGAUCUAAUGCGUUGUCAUGGGCUUGCAGCUAAGUUAUCCACUGGUCCAUCUUUAUCUUUCAAAUUGUUCACGCUAAGGGCAAACUCUGGAUUGACUUUUAAUUACCUUUUAUUUAUUUUUUUUCGUCAUUUUUCAGAUGGGAGGAUGCUGUUCCUGAUUUUGAGGCUGCUCUUCAACUGGAUUCCAAUUUAGCUAGUGCUCAUGUCAACAUCGGCUUGAUUUAUAUCAUCAAAAACAGCAAUUACCACAAGUGAGCUCCUUUUUCCUCUCUUUAAAAAGUGAUGUCUUAAGCUAGAUCCUUUUUUACCGCCACGUUAGCUAUCUUGAGUAAAUAGAGUCACCAACCUCGAACACCAUGUAAUACUGUAAUUGAAAUGGCUGUCGCAAUCGUAAAAGGGUUUAUUUCAAAUCAAAAAAUUCCCUUUUGAUAAUUCCACUUUUGCUGUUUUCAUUAGAGCUGUUCGUCGUUACACAGCAGCCAUUCGAGUGGAUCCGACAUACAUCAGAGCUUACAUCUGCCGAGCCGAGGCUUAUCACAAACUCCACAUGGUGGGUUACAAGUUUGUCUGAUGGAAUUGAAAUUGCGAUUAGGUUUGAUUGGUAGAAAAAAAUUGUUUUAGGCGUGUUGUACCAUGAGUAAAUUUACUGGCACGCAAAUUGGCCGUUCAGCUGGGCUUUUUGUUUUCUUGUUUGGUAUUUUGUUUGUUUUGUUGGUAUCAAGAGCGGGUUUUAGAUCGAGUGUCGAGAAAAUAAUCUCAUAGUGCCGAUAAGAACAAAAGUAAAAUUAACAUCAAAAGCAGCCAAUACAAAGUUUUGGUGAAUACAGGCAAAUACAGGCCAACCCUCAUCAACUUGUAGAGACUAUCAAGAGCCAUUGUCAACUCAACCUUGAUCUGGCUUCUUACUAUCGUUAUGUUUUCCAGACUCAAGAUGCCAUUCUGGAUUAUACAAGAGUCAUUCACAUGAGACCGGACGUAUCAGACUACCACAUGGCCAGGGUAAGUGAAAAUAUUAACAUCCUCCUCAUUUCGAUUUAAUAAUUUAGGCGGUGAAGAGAAAAAAAUGUUGCUGAAUUUUGCAAGAAGCGAAGUGACGUACUACGUGGUGGGAAAUGAGGAGAUGGGAACCGUAUAUUAGUAUUUGGCUGAGUACACGACGUAACAAGUCAGUGGCGUUGCUAAGCGACAUAAUGUAAUUUGACGAUGUCGCACAACACAGCGGUUGAACUUAGAGCAUGCGCCAGGAGAUCAAUUUUGCCCGUCACAAGCCAAUUUCCUGCGCCAAAUUUGAAAGGCAAAAAAAACAUCGUUAUUACGCAAAAUAUGCAAAUAAAAUUUAAAAAAAAUUGACGGAAAACUGUAAAAGGGAGCAUAAGGAAGGAAAAGGAAAACUCGAAACUUUUCGAACACAAAGAUUAUUAAAUGACGGGAUAAUCUGUCGUUUUACCAUAUUUGUAGUGAACUUUAUCAAAGCAUUUAAACGGUUUCAAAUCACCACGACUCACUGGCUUGUGUAGUUGUUUAUGACUCCUGUAUGACAUCUUGGCUCUGAUAACCUGAAAGCACUUCACCAGGACACGACAACGUUUGCACAUGCGUAGACGUUUAACCUCUACGAUAGUGCCAUGUACACGUGAUAGUCUUUGGAGGUCUCAAUAACGGUUUUGUAUUGAGAUCGAAUCGCUAAAAGUGAUACUCGAUUGUGCUUAAACACCCAUCUCUGUGUGAGGUGGAAGGGGUCCUCUUGAAUGCAUGAACUAAAGAAGGGUUUGUAUUUUCAGGGAAAACUGUUAUUGGAGCAAAACAAGUUAGAGCUUGCAAGUUUUCACGUCAGGUCUGUAGUCUUGUCUCUCUUUGAUUCAUGAUUGUGUUGUCCAAGUAAUGGCAAGUCUCUUUAACCUCUGAAGCCUUGCUUUGUAUUGAGUUUCUCAUGAAGUCUUUUACUACAUUAGGCAAGCUGCAGACUUGAACCGAGGUCUGGGAGCAUCGGCAACUCAACAAGCAGUAGUUCAAAGCUUCUUGAAAAAUUUCGACCAGGUAAUAUAAACUUAUCACAGCCAAGGAAAUGUUCGUUGAGGUCGAAAAGGCCAGUAACCUUUCUUACCACCCAUGACGUAUCUGCUCUCCAACUAUCAACCUGUGUCUCUGAUUCAAAUUUCGCAAAGACUUUUGCGUCAAUCGUUCCUUCGUCCCUUCGUCCCUUCGUCCCUUCGUCCCUUCGUCCCUUCGUCCCUUCGUCCCUUCGUCCCUUCGUCCCUUCGUCCCUUCGUCCCUUCGUCCCUUCGUCCCUUCGUCCCUUCGUCCCUUCGUCCCUUCGUCCCUUCGUCCCCUCAUCUCUUUGUCCCUUCGUACCUUCAUGCUUUCGUACCCUUUGGCCAUCGUUCCUUCGGCGCUUCGUCCCCUCGUCCUCACGUUCAUUCGUGCCUUCGGCCCUUCGUACCUGCGUUCUUGUGUCCCUUAGUGCCUUCGUGCCUUCGUGCCUUCGGCCCCUACUUCCCUUCGUCCCUGCGUUUCUGUGUCCCUUCGUGCCUUCGUUCCACGUGUCUUCGUGCCCUCAUUCCCUUCGUCUUUUCGUCUCAUCUCUCUCUUGUUCCUUCGUCAUUUCGUCCCUUUGUGCUUUAUAUGCCUUCUUUCGAAUUUCUCCGUUCACUUGUUUAUCCUACUUAUUAUGACUUUUUUUCUAGGCCAUUGAAGUUCUUGAACGAGCCACCCGUGUGAAACCUGUAGCUCCAUUGUUUAUUCUAUUGGGUAAGACCAACAUGAAGGCCAAGAGAUUUGAGAACGCCAUCAGGAGUUUUGAAAGAGCCAUCGACAUCAUGGUGAGUUUCAACUAAGUCUUACCUUGUGGGCCACACUCUACUGCAUCUAUUGUAACGAUAUGGAAAGCUGAAUAAAUCUAGCCGUAAAAUUAGUCUUUAGUCUCUGUUAUUCACCUUCUCGUGUGGAAAGGCUAGGGUUGUAUUAGCAUGUGUGACCACUGAUCAAUUGCUCCAUUGGUAUGACCCGUGUGGAACACAUCGGUACUCCCUGAGAAAUUGCAUGUGGGAGUUCUCUCUGGUGCUAUUGAUUAGCUUCUCUGUUUUGUGGGAUGGGAAUGUUAGAUAUGUAUUUUAAUAGCUAGAAUAAAUGAAUUUUUGUGGUUUGUUGUUGUUGUUGUUUGUUAUUGUCAAGGAUACAUACGGGUUUUGAUCUGAUUUCAUUCAAUUUGUUUCCUUAGACUCCAUGGAAUCCUCGAGUGGAAAUGCCAAUGGAAGCUGCAUCUGUUCAUUUCCUGAUUGGCAUGUGUCAUUCAGAGCUUGGGAGGCCACUCGGUGCUCUUGACGCUUUUAAUAAUGCCAUUCGAGUGAACCCAGAUUUUGCAGAGGUAUUUUAAGAACAAAGACAGAUGUCACAAAGAGCCAAUGAGGACUCAAAUUUGAAAACAAACCAAGUUCGUGCAGAAAAUUUGUGCCACCCUGUUAACCACUUAACCAAUCGCGAGUUGUUCCCGCGCUCUAGACAUUUUGCUCGUUUUUACUUUGAGUUCUGAUUGGCUCUUUAAGAUAUGUUCCCUUCUUUUGAUUGGCCGGUGUGAUAACUCGGUUUUUCUGAUUUUACCACACUCCAUCGAAAAUUUCUAAAAUUUCUCUUCAUUGGAUAGUCUUUCUUACUCUAAUCCCCUACUCGAUUUACAUUUCCAAGAUGAGGCGGAAGGGAAUUUUUGUGCGUGUAGUAGGAAAAAAAAUUAUCCUGAAUAUUGAGCUAAAAGGUUUUCGUACCUUUGACAGGCUUUUUACCAGCGCGGACUGACGAAGAUGAAGUUAAAGCACGCCAAAGGAAUCCAUGAUUUUAACCGAGCAUUGGCCAUCAAGCCAACACUUUUCCAGGUCAGCGGUAUUUGAGUGUCGUAGAAGUUCUUAUUACUUCCACAGUUAACUAACGAACCUAUGGAUGUAGUCUUGUAGUCUGAUCAAAACGAAACCUACUUAAAUUUACUGGAAAGCUGUCUAAAACUGCUCCCCUUUCUGUUUUCACUAAGUUAGACCGAUGCAUGUGUACUCUUAGGAAAAUAGACUUGUUUUUAAGGUCAUUUCUUUUUAUAUAUGCGAUUGUUACCAUCUAGUGUUCUUACAUGCAUCUGAGGUCUUUUCUCGUGCACGGUUUCAUCUGCCUACAGUCUAAUAAGUUUUGUAGCGAAAAGAUCCUUCCCAUAAGCUCCGUACUCGUAGAAAAAAAAGAAUUUAAUAAAAUUAGCUGAAGGUGUCUUUAAAGGCAAGGUUGAAGCUUAUGGAUGUGUCUUGCGUUUUCCAUCGGGUCAGCGUACACUAUUUUAGCUCCCCUUCCCAUAUCACGAGAUUUCAGCUCAACCACGUGUCUGUUACUGCCUGCAUAAGAAGGAGAUGGGGGUGUAAGUAGUCCACUAUUUUGUCUAGGAAUGGACUUUUACGCCUGAUUUCAUUUUGCGAGUUCCGUGUCGUAUUUGAUUGCUCCUUAGGCAUUUUUGAGUCGGGCAGCUUACUAUGGUCUGAAGGGACGCUACAGUAAAGGAAUCAUGAGCUGUAAUGAGGCCAUUAAGCUACAGCCUCGCAGUGUUAGGGCCUACCUCUACAGGUUUGUUGCUUGCCAAAAAAAAUACUUUUGUGAAUUUUUAUUGGUUUGCUGCGAUAAAAACUCUUUGUGUUGCGAUAUUUUAAAACACGAAAAAAAGCUUUUAAUGUCAGAACUGUGACAAUGUGAUAUACAACACUGAAUGAUUUGAUGAACGAAUGGACUAACUUGCGAAAGAACAAAGCAUGAGCGGAGGACGAAAACGCAAACGAGCUGGUGAACGAACGAAAAACAAACAAAUAAGGGUAUAAAUCUAUGAAGAACCGAAAUAAGGAAUUAUGAACGUACGAACGCACUACGAACAAGUAGACUAACUUAUGAAUGAAAUACAAGUGGAUGAAACAUUUGAGACACGAAAGACAAACAUAUAACAAGCGCCAGGUUGAAGCUUAUGAAAAUAGAGAUGUGCCUUACUGUAACCUGCAGGGGAGCGUUGAAAUACAACAUCAAAGCUUUCAGUCUGGCAGUAAAAGAUCUCACAGAAGCUGUGGCAAUCGACUGUAAAUGUUCACUGGCUUACUUCAACCGUGCGGUUUGCUACUAUGAAAUGAGAUUCUUUCAGAAGGUUGGUACAGCUUGGUGAACAACUGUUUGAUUAGAAUUCAUACCUACGUCUACAAUAACCUCUAGUAUUUUAGAAAAACAAAUAUGGUAACCUGUGAAUUAGGUUUUCGAAUAAGGAAAGAUGUUAGACGUUUUGCUUCAUGCGUGGGGCAAACGAAAAUUCUCCUCGACGUCCAUGGUCAAAAAUAUAUAUUCAAACAAAGGGCUCACGAGGAACUAACGCGCAAACGUCAGCUUUGGAAACACCUAACGAUAAUCAAUUUACAUGAUAAACUCUGUUGAUAAAACCAGAUUAUCUUGUCGUAUAUAUAUUCCAAUGGUAUAAUCCAAUGGUAUGAGGUUCGAUUCCUUUUGGGGUCUCAGAUUUAUUGCUUUGUUCCACACUCGAGAAAAACUAAUAACACCUUUCUUACGCCCCAAUUUUUUUAUCGCUAAUCCCUAGGCGCUGAUGGAUUAUGGAACAGUAAUGCUACUUGAAGAUGCUCCUAAUAUUAAGGUGAGUCUGUGUUUAAACCUAAAAACUCUGGGAAGUUUUCCAUGUGACAUGCGGCGUGCUUUCGGGCUUUCAGGGUCAAGUAGAAUAAAACUUACGGUGUUUCUAAAGCGUUUAACUUUUUUUUAUAAAGUUAAAAAAAAUGGUUAUUUAGCAGGAAACCCGUAAUCAAGUAAGCUGUGCGUUCAAAUAGUUUCAAUUUUUUCUUUAAAUUUACUUGCGUUUACAAAUAUCGUGGACUCUUCCAUCCAACCCCCUCCCCCUUCCAUAUUUUGUGUGGAGGAGGUUGUUUGUUAUGUUUUUCUUGGAUACUUUGGGCGAGAAAUUGGCGCGUGAUCAGCCGAGAUUGAUUUCUUUGCGCAUGCUCGACGUUUUACCGCCGUGUUGUAGGGCUAACGGUCGGUUCCUUCCUCCCUUCUUUGGCUUAAGUUUUCUGUUGUCCUCGUUUUUCUGUUCCGAUAUAGGUUCUGCAGAAUCGAGGAUUGCUUUAUUACGAAAUAGAUGACGUGGAAAAUGCAUUACAAGAUUUCCUAGCUGCUGCCAAGGUACCCUAGAGACUUUCUUUUAGCGCCUCUGGUCAUUCUCUUUGUUUCGUGUGCAAAAAAAUAAAAUAUGUCAUUUUUUGUCUUUCCUUAAGGUGUCGCCAGCCAACCCCCAUAUACGUCACACACUGGGUCUUUGUUAUCACAAGUGAGUGGUGUUGGUCGUUCCUAUGCGGAGUAGUUAGCAAAAAACAAAAAGAAAAGUAAAAGGAAAGAAAACGCUGGCUGUAUCUUAGCGUGCGAGUCGGCGUUCAUUAUAAGUGUUUCUGCGCGUGCGUUUCUUUGUCUGCGGGAAAGUAUGGGGCCUGGAGCGGAGCGAGCCGACGAGAGAUCUGCAAGGGGCGUAUAUUAAUGCCAGCCCCCGGCUAAACUCUCCCCGACUCGUCUAAAAUCUUCCCGCGGGCGAAAACUGCGCGUCCUGCAGCGCUUAUAACGAGUGCACGCUAGUUGUAUCUUUACCUAGCUUACUAUGGAGGUUAUGACUUCGCUUCCACCCCCAACGAAAUCCAAACAGGGUUAUCGUUUUAAUCUCUGUUUUGCUGCCGUAUGUAGCCAAAGUUUCUGUUAAUCAGAAGCCUCGUUCAGUAUCACUGCUUUGUUGGUUUCAUAUGAUAUACACAGCAAUCACUAUACCUGUCUUUACACUCCUCUGUUUAAUGCUUUACCCAGGUUAAACCGCUUGGAGGAAGCUGUUUCGUCUUACAACGAUGCUCUUCGUAUCGAUCCGUUCUUUGUUGAAGCAUACAAUGGGCGUGGAAAUGCAUUGAUGGACUUUGGACACGAAGAUGGAACUAUUCUGGGAAGGCGAGUACUAAGAUACUUUCUCUUAUUUUCCCAACCAUCUGCCAACAUGUUCACUUAAUUAUUUACUUGUUUGUGUUCCUGCUUCCUCACUCUAACCCCUAUCUCCUGUCUUCCCAUUUAACCGCUCUCUUUCUACAUUCUGUCUAUAAGUCCGCCCCAGCCCUCUACCGGCCUUCACUUCUCGGCUUCCUCUCUAAUCAAAAAUGCAGAGGACCUAUUGCAGAAGAGUUUGUCUCCCUAACUUAUGGAGCAAACAAGGCAACAGGAAGUUUUCUACAUAAUGGCUUGCUAUCGACCUGUUCAUGUUACCUUUUAUUUCAGACAUGAUUAUUUAAAGGCUCUUCACGUGGACCCACUGUGUUUAUCUGCACGAGUGAACUUGGGCUACAAUUUGCAGGUAACUAAUAUAAAGUGGCUGUCAAGGAUUGAAGAAUUGCUAGAUUAAUUGAUUGCCAAUUGCUUACGUACUUCCCUUCUUCACAAGCUGCCUCACUGACUGAACGACGAACUGACAGACUGUGGUACUGACUGUUUGUGUGACUUGCGGAAAGGCUGAUUGACUAACUGAUUGACUGACUGCCUGUCAUAAAAAUAAGGGCAAUUAUCAUCAUAGGGGUUUCUUCAUGUGCGUGACUUUUUUAUGCUUGAAGAGUGUGGAUUUACUGACUGACUGACGAACGGACUGACUGACUUACUGACAGAUUGACUGACUGACUGGCUGAUUGACUGACUUACAGAUUGAUUGACUGUCUGAAUGACCGGCUAUCUGACUGACUGACUGAUGGACGAACAAACAGGCAGACGGACGGACGAACGGGCGGACGGACUGACCGACUGACUUACAAACUGACUGACUUAUUGACUGAGUGACUGAGUGACUGGCUGGUUGGCUAACUGACUGCCUGAUGGACAGACGGGCGGACAGACGGACGGACCGACUGACUGAUUGAUUGAUUGACUGACUGACUGACUGAUAGAUUGUCUUUCUGUCUUGCUUAUUAUCAGUCUGUCUGUCUCUAUCUGUGACCGGCUGACUAACUAGCUGGCUAUCCGAAUGAGUCAGUGACCGAGGAACAGAGAAAGAGAUUGAAAAACUGUCUGAAUGGGUAAUAUAUUAAACAUUCGACUGUACGUUCAUGGAUAAUUUGGUGGAUUAUCUCAACUGAUUCCUUUCGGUUCCUUAUCAGGUUGAAGGAAAGUUUCAAGCGGCAUGGAACCAGUUUUCUGCUGCAAUAUCCAUUAAUUCAGGUCGGUGAAAUGAAAAUAAAUUGGUUUGUAACACUGGACUGGUGGUGUUUGUGUUUUUUUACAACUUAAAUGUUUGAAAUGACAUGCUGUUCUGUCUCGAUAUUUUCUGUAAAGGCAACGUGGUCGAGUUGCUCAGGGUGCUAAGUUUGAAAUUUUUGGGAUCCCAGGCUCAGAUCUUCCACUCUGUCACUCGACUGAAUCUGUUUUUCGGUAGUCCUGCUUUUGACUCCUUCGCUGCCCUCUUUUAAUCCUCUAAUCUCUGAGGGUGACUCCAAUCUAAUUUCCCCCUACAGUGUUACUGCUGAAUCACUCACUAAGGUCACGAGAAUAGAGGAAAUGAUCACCACAAACUAAAGAAACUCUUGACUGUUCAACAAAUUCUUUAUCUCAGUUCCUUAGGAAAUGUAUAGAGAACAGUAGGGAGAAUAUGCUUACUGAGGCUGUAAAGUCUAAUAUAACGCCCAUCUGUUCGAAUUCUUAACCGUUUCUUUUCUCUCUGGCACGUCGGGUUAUAUACUCACAGUGUCUCGAAAGUUACUAAUUGUAUCGUCCCUUAGUGUAAUUUUUGUGUUUCUUUUCGUCUUCUUUUAGCAUGCCAGUCAGCUUUGGAAGGCCGCGCUGUUGUAAACUUACAGAUGCGAAACACGUUUGGUGCCUUUGUUGAUAUGAAUGACGCUAUCAAGGUACACGAAUACUGUCUUGGAUUGUGUAUUGUUAUUAGAGUAGGAGUUGUCAUUUUUCUAUUUAGAAGUUGUCGCUAACUAAUUGCCCUUGUUGUUCGAUCAGAUUUCUAAGACUGCAGAGUUGUUGACGAAUCGUGGAGUAGUGCAGCAGGUGAGUACCUCUUUAUCUCCCAACUAGAGCUUAAUCUACAAUUAGUGGCUUAAGUAUUCGGUUACUUUCUUUCAACCUUUUUGUAUUACUCUUCAACUAUUCGCCUUUCUCUCCCCACCCAAAGGAAUAUCAAAUGAGCUUCUCUACAUUUCCAUGCGGUUUGAUUCAACAUUGUAUGGUAGGGAAGGGGGCAUUGUUAGAUGUUAUCAGGUUUUUUCUUCGGUAAGAAGGAUGACCCGAGUCAAUCUCGAAGAGAACCACAUGCUAGUGCAGACUGACAAACCGUGUUCUUGUAAAUUGUGUAUCUUUAAUUUAGGAUUCCCAGCGGUGUUUCGACCUGGGCUAGAAUUCAACCCGUGCUCGUGUGAAGAGGCCCUUAGAGGUGGUUUCUGAAAAAUUUUCUCUCUCGUUUUUCACAGUUCAUGGGAGACUUGGUGAAUGCCAUCCGCGAUUACCAAGCGGCAGUUAAAACAGAUCCAUCGUACGCUCUCGCUUAUUAUAACGCCGCUAAUGUCUACUUUAGACAGAGGCAAUUCAAGCAGGUGAGUGAAAUUUUCAUUAGUAGUAAUUUUUCCUGUGCUUUUACCUGGAAAGUUAAGAUUUUGAUACAGUUAUAAUCAAGGGCUCAUCAAAAGCUGGUUAUCGGUGGUCUGUUACCGCCUAUAAGACUUCUUAUCGCCAUCUGUUGAACCUGCGAAGCCUCUCGUGUUUGAGUUUCACCUUACGGCCCCUUUUUCGGGCGCAGUCGUCUAUUAAACCAUCGGCAGCUGCUUGUGGAAAAGUUACCGGAACCUCUGAUAUAAUCCUGUUGGGCUAAAGCUGUUACCAUUCGUAGCCCUGGCGGACUCGUUUGCGUUCUUGUGUGACGUCACUUGUUUCCAUGGAAACUGACCUUGUGUUGUGCUUUUGUCCGUGCGUCAUACUCCAUGUUGUUCAGGCGAGUAAACGCUCGAAGUAGGCCCAAUAUUGACAUACAAUUUUUUUUCUUUUAAAAGGCCCUGAACUACUACGACAAGGCUUUGUCUUGGUAUUCUGAAGACGAAUCUGCAGUACUUAACAGAGCUAUAACGAAGGUGCGUUAUUCGUGCACAGCGGUCAAACGAAAACGCGCAACUCCAUAUUCUAUCAUUACUGCUCAUGUUCUAUAAGUUUCAAUUGUUUCUGUUGUUACGUUACAAAACAAUUAUUUUUAAAUAAAUGUCAUUCGUUUUGGUAUUUUUUUUUCUACACAGGUGAUGAUAAAAGACACCCGAGGAGCGAUACAAGAUUUCAACCGAGCAGGUAUUCUGUGGGGAAAUUUCUUUAGCAAAAGCCAGUUAGGUUUUUAAUGCGCGGCACACGAUAAAUUGCGCUCUGGAUCGAAUGGUGCAGGCCCUGGUUAAAUCAUCAGUGUCGUGUUCUUUUACAAAACAUCAAGUGUUUUUACUCACAGUGUCUCUCUCUACUUAAGGGUGUAAAUGAAUGCCGGUGAAAUGUCAAAGAGACUUGACGCAAUUCCUGGGGAUAAUCAUGCUUUUAAAGGGAGCUAGCAAAAAAAACGUUCAAAGUUAAAAUUUUAAAAAAAAAUGUAGUUAAGUAUUUUCGAGAGAGAAUCACUCCUAACGUAAAAUGUCUUAGGUAUUAAUAACGUCUAUAAAAGUCCUUCCUAUAUUUAAGUCUUAAACUAAGCCGUUAUCCUUCUUUCUGUUUUAAGCACUUACAAUGAUUCUUUUUAUAUUUAUAGUGGAGCUGAAUCCGUACGCUGCUCAUCUGUACUUCAAUCGAGCAAACCUUUACGCUUCACUAAGAAAAUACAAGGAGUCUGAGGAUGAUUAUACUAGAGGUAGGAACCCCCACCCACUCCUCCCAGGACGCGUACAUUUGUCUACCCGUUGGGUCUGUUUUAGAGUAUAUUUAGUUGGGGAAACUCUUCAGCCGAUAAAACAAGAAAGCAAUUCGCGCUACAUGAAUGUCACGUUAAGGUAGUCCAUUAAUAUGCUGGAUGUACGAUACCGUGACCUUAUAUGAAUGACAGAGCAUGCGCCAAUGUUAUAGGUUAUUACAGGGAUUACGAGGCCAUUCCAAAUCAGUGUUUUCGAAAAGCUUCGUUUUCUGUCGUUGACUCAACCUACGCUGGUUAUCCUUUUCGAAUUUUUUUAAUUCUACAAGCUUUGUCUACAAAAGCACCAGAUUGUUGUGAAAGGAGCUUGAGUAUUCAACCAAAUAUUUUGGUAUGGCUACGCAAUGAGUUUUUACCUUCGGCGCAUUUCGAUGGAAUGUCGGAAAGCCAGCUAAAGAAACGACAAUAGCCCUUGGUAAAUAUUACUAAUAAACUGCUUUAGGCGCCGGAAAACGCGAUCAACAAAGCCCCUAUUUAUUUCAGUUUUGCAUCUGAUUGGUUGAGAAGGUAGUGCGAGUUUGUAAGGACCAAUCAGAUAGCGAGGUAUUGAAAAACCAAAACCAAUGUAAUCCCAGGUUACUUUCCACACUCGGUUGAAAUUUUUAUGCCUGCUUCCUCUACAAUCUUCCGAUUUUAAUAUUUUUCCUCAGCCUUAAGCCUUAAGCCCGGUGAUGCUCUGGUGUAUAAAAGACGAGCUGACGUUCUUGGCAAACAAGGGAAGAAAGGCGCGGCUAUUGAGGACUACAAGAGAGCAAUCGUGAUUCAGACAACAAAACGAUAGAAACACCAUUCAAUUUCGAUCCUUCUUUGUCAUUUAAAUUUUUUUUUUCAAAUUGGUUAACCGAGAUAGGGGCUUGGAUAAGAACCAAUGUCUACCGUUGCCUGUAAGACUUCACACGCCGUCUGUUGAGCCUGUGAGCAGCCUCUAUGGCCCCUAACUGGACACAGCUGUCUUUUACACCUUUGACAGCCGUUUAUGGAAAAAGUUAUUGCAACCCCAGCUAGACAAAAACUGGUUUGCAGAAUAUAUUUUUGCAGUAUUUGUAAAUUUUGUUGUACAUUUUAAAGGUUUUCUUGUAUAAAUAAACGUUCUUUGUGUGCAUAUUUUUAGAGGCAAUCUUUGUCAUUUGAGCAAAACCCAACUUUUAUUUAUUAAACGAGCAC